CCUGUGCAAAUCACGAAUAUGAUCCGGAUGCCGAUGACAGGUACGGAGGUGUGACCACAAGUGCGUCCGUUAAAUAACUGAUUCGUUGAAAUCGCGCCUGUCAAAUUAUAGAAAAAAAAUUAAGUGCCAGUGCGACUAGUCAUAAUGUCGAAAAGUACUUUAAGCUCUGCUUUCCGCAAAAUCGAUGUAGACCAAUACAACGAGGACAAUUUUAAGGAAGAAGAAGCUGAUGGAGGAACCGCUGGUCCAGAUGAGAAUGAAAUCAUUACAUUGCUUGGACAGGGAAGGAAUGUAGAUGCUUUGACUGCGGUGCUCAGAUCUGCGCCGUUGGGAUGUAAAAAUCAGCAAGUCAAGGACAAUGCGUUGAACCUGACACUGAGGGUAUUGCUGAGUAUAAAAUCAAACCAAAUUGAGGAUGCAGUGGCAAAAUUAGACAGGGAACUUGUAGAUGUAUUGAUGAAAUACAUAUACAGAGGUUUUGAAAUACCUUCCGAAGGGAGCAGUGGACAUUUGUUGUUGUGGCACGAGAAAGCUUACAAUGUGGGAGGAGUUGGAAGUAUAGUCAGGGUACUCUCUGACAGUAAGCGAGCUUAAAUUGACCAUCAAUCACAGAAAUGUUGGAAAUUCAUGCCUAGAGCAAUAAAAUAUUCUAUGAAUUCA